UGGGAACUGUACAUCGCCUUUUCUCCCCCAAAUUUAUUUUCAAUUAUAUUUUCUUUUUCUAAAAAAUCAAAAUCGCCCUAAACCUUUAAAACCUCAAAAAAUUCUCACCAAAAAAACCCCAAAUUCGUAUAUCAUGGCCUUUCAUGUCGCAUGUCCAAUUACAUGCCGACGAAUCUGUAACUGUAAGCUGGGGUUUCCAUCGGAGCUACGGAGCGAGAAGGGGCAGAUUGAGUUCUUGGAGGCAGCGGCUAGGGUUGAUGCGAUUUUUAAGAAUCCGUCGUUGAUUUAUGGUAAACCGAAGUCGGUUCAGGUUCUUGUACCGAAGGUAGUUGUUGCAUCUCCACCCCCUCCUCCUCUUCCUCCUCCGAUCCAGGCGAUUGUGACUCCUAAUGCUUCUGCGAUUGUGGAUGUGGGUGGGGUUGGGGAUGCGGCGGAGGAGCUGUUGUCCGCUCAGACUAAGCGUGCGGCGAUGCAGAAGAAGGCUGCUGCUGCAUCUGUGGCGGCGGAAGAUUUUGCUCGUAGAUUUGAAUCUGGGGAUAUGGCUGAGGGAGUCGCUAAAGAUCUUGCUGCAGAUGAACAAGGCCUCUCAAAUGCCAAAGUUAUGUGUCGCCUCUGUUUCUCAGGUGAAAAUGAAGGAAGUGAGAGAGCUAGAAAGAUGCUACCAUGCAAAACUUGUAACAAGAAAUAUCACAGAAGCUGUGUGAAGUCUUGGGCUCAAAAUAGAGAUCUGUUUCACUGGAGUUCUUGGGCUUGCCCUUCAUGUCGUACAUGUGAGGUAUGCAGAAGGACUGGUGACCCAAACAAGCUUAUGUUUUGCAAAAGGUGUGAUGGUGCGCAUCACUGUUAUUGUCAGCAACCUCCACACAAGAAUGUUAGUAGUGGACCUUAUUUGUGCCCUAAGCAUACAAAGUGUCACAGCUGUGCAUCCACAGUUCCAGGAAAUGGUUUAAGUGUCAGGUGGUUUUUAGGGUAUACUUGUUGUGAUGCUUGUGGGAGAUUGUUUGUGAAAGGAAAUUACUGCCCUGUUUGUUUAAAGGUCUAUAGAGACUCAGAAUCAACUCCCAUGGUUUGUUGUGAUGUCUGUCAACGUUGGGUGCAUUGUCACUGUGAUGGAAUUAGUGAUGAAAAAUAUUUGCAAUUCCAAGUGGACAAUAACCUGCAGUAUAGAUGUGCUACAUGUCGUGGAGAAUGUUAUCAGGUCAGGGAUCUUGAAGAUGCUGUUCAGGAACUGUGGAGGAGGAGAGACAAAGCUGACCGGGAGCUGACCGCCAACCUCCGGGCAGCUGCAGGGCUGCCCACUCAAGAAGAAAUAUUUUCAAUUCAACCUUAUUCAGAUGAUGAAGAUAACAAACCUUCAUCAAAGAAUGACUUUGGACGUUCAUUAAAGUUUUCUCUCAAAGGGGUAGUUGAUAAAUCCCCUAAAAAGAAUAAAGAAUCUUUAAAAAAAUCUGGAAACAAGAAAUCUGUUAAGAAAAAGGGACUCCAUGGACCUGUAAUUGAAGGUCAUAGUGAUGCUCAAUCUACUGGCUUCAUCACAAGUGAUAACAAAGAUGAAGAGUUUGAUGGUGUAUGUUCAAUAAAUCAUACAGGGGUAAAAUCGGAAAGAAAUGUUAAUAGAGUGGACACCAUGAAUGAAAAUGGGAAGCUUUCUAACAACACUAAGGGACCAAAACUUGUUAUACAUUUGGGUUCCAGAAACAAAAGCAUAUCAAAUUCUCCAAGAUCUGAUGCAUCAAAUUUACAUAAAGAUCAAGAGUUGUUAACUUCUAAUGGCAUUUCAGAUCAUCAUCAUCGUCGUCAUCAUCAUCAUCAUGAUCAUGAUCAUGAUCAUGAUCAUGAUCAAACAAAAGGGUUGAAAUUGAGAGGAAAAGAAGGAAACACAAUCAAGAUCAGAAAGUUGAAUCCAGAAGUUUCAGUAGGUGGUAAAAAGAAUACAGAGAGGGAGAAGGAGAGGGGGAGGGCCCCACAUACUUCAGAACUUAAGCCAUUGUUGAGAUUAAAGUUCAAGAAUCCAUAUUCUGAAAACCAGACUUCAUGGGGUGCUUCUGGUGAAGAUGAUAAAAGCUGUGUAAAGGGUCAAAGAUCUAAAAGGAAAAGGCCAUCAUCAUAUGGGAAAGAAGAUGAAGAUGAUAUGAUGAUGGAUGAUGACAUCAUGGAUGCGAAUUGGAUCAUUCAGAAAUUGGGGAAAGAUGCGAUUGGGAAGAAGGUUGAAGUUCAUCAGCCAUUGAAUAACACAUGGCAUAAGGGGGUUGUGAUUGAAGUGUUUGAAGGGACUUCUGUUGUGUCAGUUACUUUAGAUGAAGGGAAGAAGACGAGUAAUGUUGAUCUUGAGAAACAAGGGAUUCGGUUUGUUUCACAGAAGCAGAGAAGAUGAGGUGGCAUUGGGAUUGAUUUAGGUUUAGUUAAAACUUAAAAAAGGAAGUUAUUUAGAUGGGUUAAUUGGAGUAUUUAAAUCUCACAAGUUGUAGGAUUGUGGUUUAUAUAUAAUAGGGGAUCAGUGUGUGUAAGUUAUGGUGUAGUUUUUGUAGUUUGUAACUGUGUUUGUUUUUUGGAAUGUGGUUGAGGAUUACAAGAUGGUGUAUUUGGGUGUCGGAUUUUGUUCAAAUGUUGUUUUCAAAAUUUAAAUUGUAGUUUGUAGCGAUUGUUGAAUUUUCAGAAAACCUAG